CAAGUCGUCGGAAACUUGCGUGCCGUUGUUGGCCUAGGGCGCAGCCGCCGAGGAUGGGGAGGCGCGGCCGCUGCUUGGCAGCCGCCGGCCGGGGCUCGGGACCACCGUCGCCGCUGUGGCUGCCACUGCUGAUGCUGAUGGCUGUGCCCGUCGCGGGCGCGGCCCGGCUCUCGGCGCUGUACUCGCCCUCCGACCCGCUGACGCUGCUGCAGGCGGACACGGUGCGCGGCGCCGUGCUCGGCUCCCCCAGCGCCUGGGCAGUGGAGUUCUUCGCCUCCUGGUGCGGCCACUGCAUCGCCUUCGCCCCGACUUGGAGGGCGCUGGCCAACGACAUCAAAGACUGGAGGCCGGCACUGAAUCUCGCUGCCCUGGACUGUGCUGAGGAGACCAACAGUGCAGUCUGCAGAGACUUUAACAUCCUUGGCUUCCCGACUGUGCGGUUCUUUAAGGCCUUUUCCAAGAGUGACUCUGGAACACCAUUAUCAGUGGCUGGAGCAGAUGUGCAGACGCUGCGGGAGAGACUCAUUGAUGCACUGGAGACCCAUCAAGACACGUGGCCCGCAGCUUGUCCCCCACUGGAACCUGCCAGGCUGGAGGAGAUUAAUGGAUUCUUUGCAAGAAAUGAUGAAGACUAUCUGGCCUUGAUCUUUGAAAAGGAAGGCUCCUAUCUGGGUAGAGAGGUGACUAUGGACCUGUCCCAGCGCCAAGGCUUGGCAGUGCGCAGGGUCCUGAACACAGAGGAGAAAGUGGUGAACAAGUUUGGUGUCACUGACUUCCCGUCUUGCUACCUGCUGUUUCGGAAUGGCUCUGUCUCCCGAGUCCCUGUGCUUGUGGAAUCCAGGUCCUUCUAUACUGCUUACCUGCAGAGGCUCUCUGGGGUCACCAGGGAGCCUUCCCAGACCACGGUUGUGCCAACCACGGCUAACACGAUUGCUCCCACCGUUUGGAAGCGUGCAGAUCACUCCAAGAUCUACAUGGCUGACCUGGAAUCUGCACUACACUACAUCCUACGGGUUGAAGUGGGCAAGUUCCCGGUCCUGGAGGGGCAGCGCUUGACAGCCCUGAAAAAGUUUGUAGCAGUGCUGGCCAAGUACUUCCCUGGCCGGCCCUUAGUCCAGAACUUCCUGCGCUCCACCAAUGACUGGCUCAAGAGGCAGCAGAGAAAGAAAAUUCCCUACAGUUCUUUCAAAGCUGCCCUGGACAACAGAAAGGAGGGUGCUGUUAUUGCCAAGAAGGUGAACUGGGUUGGCUGCCAGGGGAGUGAGCCACAUUUCCGGGGCUUUCCCUGCUCUCUCUGGAUUCUCUUCCACAUCCUGACUGUACAGGCAACUCGGCAAAAUUUAUACCACCCACAAGGAACAGCCAAACCCCAGGAGGUCCUCCAAGCUAUCCGGGGCUAUGUUCGAAACUUCUUUGGUUGUCGAGUUUGCGCUGGUCACUUUGAGCAGAUGGCCGCUGCCUCCAUGCACCAGGUGAACAGUCUGGAUGGCGCUGUACUCUGGCUCUGGGCUAGCCACAACAAGGUCAAUGCUCGCCUCGCAGGUGCCCCCAGUGAGGACCCCCACUUCCCCAAGGUGCAGUGGCCAACCCGUGAACUCUGUUCUGCCUGCCACAAUGAACUCCAGGGUGAGCCUGAGUGGAACCUAGAUGCCACCCUCAGGUUCCUCAAGGCCCACUUCUCCCCAAGUAACAUCGUCCUGGGCCUUCCUCAGGCUGGGCCAGACCUCCGGAGGGAUAGGGAGCGGAAGGCAAGUGCCUUGCAGCUGGUGACUGGAGCACUGGAGCUGGCAACCGGAAACCCAACUCUGGGCCCUGAGGAGGCUGCAGUCACUGUGGGCCCAGGAACAGAGUCCCCCAGAAACAUCAUUCCGGAUAUUCCAGGUGUUCCAGCUGAGAAAUCUGGGGCAAGUCGUUUCCAGGAACCAAGCCCUGGCCUGGGUAUGACCGGUGCUGCACCGGACCAGGGACCUCCUGAGAACGUAGCAGGGCAUCCAAGGGAUGAGUUGGAGCAGCUCCAGGGGCAGCGACGCUUGAGCAAGCGAGACACAGGGGCUGUAUUACUGGCCGAGUUCAUGGCUGAGAAGGACCACCUCAGGGGCCCUUUAGAGCUGAGGCGAGUGGGCCGCAACUCCAAGCAGCUGGCCAGCGUCCCUGAGGGAGAGCCCGAGGCCGGAGCCAGGCAGGGCCGAGGCCAGUGGCUGCAGGUGCUGGAAGGGGGCUUUUCCCACCUGGACAUCAGCCUCUGUGUGGGGCUCUACUCCCUGUCCUUCAUGGGCCUGCUGGCCGUGUACACCUACUUCCGGGCCAGGAUGAGGGCUCUGAAGGGCCGUGCCAGCCACACCGCAGCCUGAACCAGCCAACUUGGGGGACAAAGGAAAGGGAGCUGCCAUAUCCAUGGGGCUCUUCCAGCCCCUAUCUCCCUCUUCUGUCCUCCCACUCCUCCCUGCCCAGCUUAGGAGAAUGAGAAGUCCAGGGAAGCCAGUUGCUCCAGUGACCUUCCUUGGGCCUUUUGGAAAGAGUGUUCCUUAGACAUGACAGGGUCCAGGUCUAUCUGAUAGCAGAAGGAAGGGCUGGUUUGGGUGGCUCGGUCCCUGGCCUCUCAACACCAAAUUCCUGUUUUUCAGCUUAUUUGCAAUCCUGCCCCAUUCUUGCUGAAGCCUCAGUGUCUCCCGCUUGAUCUUGGCCCUAAACUGGGGCGAGUGAGGCCACAGUUUCCAAGGUUUCACAUCCAGAGGAAGGUCCCCUGGUCUGGGCGGGCAUUCCAAGACUCGCCUGUUCUUCUCCCUCUGACACAAAGAGGUCUAUGCACCAGAUAGGAAGGUCCACCUCUGGCCCUCAGUGGCCUGCCCAUCCUCCAUCCCUCAGAGCUCCUGGGUGGGAUUUGGCCCCAGGUGGGGUGUGGAAGCUUCAGACCUCUGCUGCAGGAAGAGAAUAGGUGGGAAGUGGUGUGGACUUGCCCAGCUGGGUGGGUGAGGGUGGCCGAACUGCAGGGUCAGUAGCUUGCUUGGCGGGACCUGAUGAGGUGGCGGCCUGAGAUAUAGGGAAGGAUGUUGGGUUCGAUAGUGCCUUGGCUCUGGCUUAGGAGUGAGGUAGAGUGACGCUUUGAGGACAAGAUGAUUGCUUUUUUGAAAGUGCUUUGGCUUCUCUUCAUUGGGCUUUACCCCUCUCUGAGCGAGUCUUUUAUCUUUUUGGUUUCCAAAACAGAUGCUAAUCUUUGAAUGUGAAGGGUGCUGGGUUGGGGUAGAGAGCGGUUGUCCUUCAGGUUCUACUUGCCAACAUGAGGAAUUGGAACUGAAUGGUCUGCGGGGAGGGUAAUGCUGUAAACACGCUUGUUUCUCACUCUCCAGCACUGCUGGGCGGGGGAAUAAAUUAUUUUUACUAAGGCA